AUGGGUGCAGAGGGGGGCUUGGUGUUCCAGAGCCGGCGCGCCAAGAGCGGCUCCUUGGAGCCCCAGAAAGGGAGUCCCCACCUCCUCCGCAAGGCCCCCCAGGACAGCAGCCUCACCGCCAUCCUGCAUCAGCACCAGGGCCGCCCCAGGUCCUCCUCCACCACCGACACUGCCAUCCUGCUGGCUGAGAGCGGGGCCGUCUACCUGCUCACCGAGGACACCGAGUGCCUGGCCGACAAGCUGGACAAGGGGGAUGUGACCACGCUCAGCCUGCCCAGCACCGCCGGGCACGGGGACACCGACGGCACCGUCUGCCUGGACGUCCCCGAUGGCACCCCUGACCCGCACAGGACAAAAGCUGCCAUCGAGCACCUGCACCAGAAGAUCCUCAAGAUCACCGAGCAGAUCAAGAUCGAGCAGGAGGCUCGGGAUGACAACGUGGCCGAGUACCUGAAGCUGGCCAACAACGCGGACAAGCAGCAGGCCUCCCGCAUCAAGCAGGUUUUUGAGAAGAAGAACCAGAAGUCGGCGCAGACCAUCGCGCAGCUGCACAAGAAGCUGGAGCACUACCACAAGAAGCUGAAGGAGAUCGAGCAGAACGGCCCUUCCCGGCAGCCCAAGGAUGUUUUCCGGGACAUGCACCAGGGUCUCAAGGAUGUAGGUGCCAACGUGCGCUCCAGCAUCAGCGGGUUUGGUGGAGGGGUGGUGGAGGGUGUCAAGGGAGGGCUCUCAGGUCUGUCCCAGGCCACCCACACUGCCGUGGUCUCCAAGCCCCGGGAAUUUGCCAGCCUCAUCCGGAACAAGUUCGGCAGCGCAGACAACAUUGCCCACCUGAAGGACACGUUGGAUGACGGGCACCCAGAGGAGGCUUCACGAGCUCUCAGUGGCAGUGCCACCCUGGUCUCCAGCCCCAAGUACGGCAGCGAUGAUGAGUGCUCCAGUGCCACCUCUGGCUCAGCUGGUGGCAGCAACUCAGGAGCAGGACCUGGUGGCUUGGGGAGCCCCAACUCCCACACUCUGGACAGCCACCACAAUAACUUCGACACCAUCCUGGAGGAGCUCCGGGAGAUCAAGGACAGCCAGUCCCACCUGGAGGACUCCAUGGAGGACCUCAAGGCUCAGCUGCAGCGGGAUUACACCUACAUGACACAGUGCCUGCAAGAGGAGCGGUACAGGUACGAGCGCCUGGAGGAGCAGCUGAACGACCUCACUGAGCUGCACCAGAAUGAAAUGACCAACCUGAAGCAGGAGCUGGCCAGCAUGGAAGAGAAAGUGGCCUACCAGUCCUAUGAGAGGGCACGGGACAUCCAGGAGGCAGUGGAGUCCUGCCUGACACGGGUGACCAAGCUGGAGCUGCAGCAGCAGCAGCAGCAGGUGGUGCAGCUGGAAGGGGUGGAGAACGCCAACGCCCGGGCACUGCUGGGCAAGUUCAUCAACGUGAUCCUGGCCCUGAUGGCCGUGCUGCUCGUCUUCGUCUCCACCAUCGCCAACUUCAUCACCCCGCUCAUGAAGACCCGCAUGCGCAUCCUCAGCACCGCCCUGCUCGUCCUCUGCCUCUUCUUCCUCUGGAAGCACUGGGACUCCAUCACCUACUUUCUGGAGCAUGUCCUGUUCUCCAGCUGAUCUGCAGCUGCUCCAGGGGGGCUUUCCAUUUCCCACAGAGGAGAGGGCAUGGG